GAUAUUUGGAAGUAAUUCUCCAAGUGACACAGUGACAGGUCGCAACAAUGUCCAGCGUUGGAGAGACAGAUAAUCCAUUCGCAGCUCUGCUGCAAGAGGGUCCCCAAGCGAAUGGUGUGUCCAAGCAGCUGAUUGAAUCAAUUCUGCUCUUUACGCUGAGCAAAGAGGCGAACACCAGACGCAAGCGAGGGGUGCUCUGCCUGGCCGAUGUUGUUGUGGCCGACAAUAGUGGCGAGGAUGCGCUCAGCGAGGAGCUGCUUGCCCAUGCGUUAUUCGAGCGUCUCAUGCUCAAUGAUACCGCUAAAUAUUUGAUGCCCGCUGGACAGGUGGAUUACAGUAAGGAACAGGAGCUGGAGGCAUUGGAGACACGCGCGAUCAGCUAUCUAUAUGGUGCUUAUACCAGAUGGGAGAAGAUAAAGCGUGAUUGCAGUGCAAAGGACAAGCAGCAUUGUAAUCGUAUCCUUGAGCUGAUCCUCAAUAAUGCCAGCACCUGUAUGCGUCAGCCGGAUCUGUUCGCACCACAAACAUUUGCCGCCCAGUGGCUGGAGAUGUUCGAGCGAGCGGACGAGCAUGAUACGAACACCCAGGAAUUUCUGGUGCUUGUGGCAUGCAAAGUGCUCGAGGAGGAUGAGCCACUGGAGGCGCUCGGCGCUCUCAAGGCCAUUUUCUAUCCGAUGCUUGGCGAGCUGCACAAGCAAUUGGCCAAAGAAAAUUUGAUAAGCAUACGCAAGAACAUCUUCUGGAUACUGGGCUUCUUUGUGCGCGAGAAGCGUGCCGACAUUCUCGGCGAGCUGCUCAUCGACUACACAACGCCCAAUCCCAAAGCUAAAGGUGGUGAUUACAUGGACACACUUUUCGGCCAGUUGCUCUGCAUAUCCAUCAUGCCCAAGACUCAAACGGCGCCAUAUGAAUUCUUUCGCGAGAUUUCGCCCAUCUCACAGCAAACGGAUCCAUCGCUCUGGCAGCUGUUGGCCCAUCAUCAACAGUCCAUGUUUACGCUAAUCAAACAGCUGCUCGUCCAGUCAUCGACAACCAAAAAGAAGACACUCCAGUGGAUCGCCAACUGUCUGGAUGCGAAUGUGUCGCGUGGUCACCUAUGGAGCACCAUUAAUUUAAAUCUGGAACAGACUGUGCACAGCACCGCCAGCGAUGCAUUCAUGACCGGUCUGAGUGCCGUUUUAAUGCGUUUGUGUGCGCCACUCUGUGCGCCGUCCUUGAAGGUGAUGCUAGUCGAUCCCACGUACUGUGCCGUCGCCGAUGCCGAUGAGCGUCAGGCGAAGGGUGUCAGCAUGCUGAAGGCCUACGAGGAGACAUGCCUGCUGCCCACAGAGGAGGGUGAACAGCGCUUGAGUGCGGAGAAGUACAAUUUCAUCACGGAGAUCUUCUAUAUGGCGCACAAGGCAUUCGAGCUGGGGAAUCGAGCGUGCAUUGAACGGCUGACACGCAUGAUGCGCGAACUGCAGAAUACACAGACUGCGUAUCAGGAUGUGGCCACCCGGCAUCCCAAUAAUGAUCUGACCAAGAAUCUGUUUCGCAUGCUGCAGGAUCAGAUGCAACAGAUGCUGUGCAUCCGCAAUGGUUUGGGCGAACCGGAGAACGAUACGGCCAUACUGAAGUUCUUUGAGGCGUCCGCCAUUUGGCUGACGGAGAUUGCAAUGAUGCCGCGCGAAAGCUAUGAGGCGGCUUUGGAUCGAAAGGACUUUGCGCCACAGAUGCUGCGCAAUCUGGAGCUGUUAUCCGAGACGCCACCAUUUGUGGCGCCCUACAUGAAAUCGGUGCCGGAGUGCAUCAUCGAUAAUAUUGCAGCAUAUUUGAAUUUCUGUCGCAGCUUCUCGGGCGAUCAGUUCAUACAGAUGUACACCAGUUCGCACGAUGCCUUCUUCAAGAUGAUACUCCUCUUUAUGGGCAGUUCCGCUGUGGUUAAGAAUCCGCAUCUGCGUGCCAAACUCGCCGAUGCUCUCGAGUUUCUGCUGCCGUCACAAAUCUCUGGCAGCAAUCGCAAGUCGUUCAACACACACGUCUUCGAUAGCCACACGGAUCGGCUGCAGGUGGUGCGCAGUCUGCUCAAUGUUUUCGUCAGCAUCGAGAUGACCGGCCAGUCGGUGCAGUUUGAGCAAAAGUUCAACUAUCGUCGGCCCAUGUACGCGAUCAUGGAGUUCCUCUGGACCAAGGAGGAGCAUGUGGAAUGCUUUCGUCAGCUGGCCAGCGAAGCCGAACGCAACAUGGAGGCAAUCGAGCCACCAAUAUUCUUACGCUUCAUCAACUUGUUGAUAAAUGAUGCCAUCUUUUUGCUGGAUGAAUCCCUGUCGAAUCUGGAGCAGAUCAAACAGCUACAGCAGGCGCAGGACAAUGGCGAAUGGAACAAUUUAUCGCCCAGUGAGCGGCAGCAGCAGACAACGAAUCUGCAUCAUCUGGGCAUGCUGGCACGCUUCGACAACAUACUGGGCAGGGACACCAUCAAUCUGCUCAAGCUGCUGACCAGCGAAAUCAAGAGCAUCUUCUGUCACAACAGCAUGGUGGAUCGCAUCGCAGCGAUGCUCAACUAUUUUCUACUCCAUUUGGUGGGGCCGCAGCGGGAGCGCUUCAAGGUCAAGGACAAGAAGGAGUUCGAGUUCGAUCCGGCACAAAUGGUGCUGGAAAUUGCGCACAUCUAUAUCAAUUUAAGUACGGACAAUUCCUUUUGUUUGGCCGUCUCGCAGGAUGGUCGCUCCUACAGCGAACACCUCUUUGGCUAUGCGGAGAAUAUAUUGAUACGCAUCGGUGGCGGUCAGCUAAUUGGCGACAUGUCCGAGUUUGCGGCCAAGGUGCAGAAAAUGUGCGAUGACUACAAGGAAGAGCAGGAGCUGCUUGCCGAUGCGCCCGAGGAAUAUCUGGAUCCAAUCAUAUCCACUCUGAUGACCGAUCCGGUUGUGUUGCCCAGCUCCAAGGUGACUGUUGAUCGAUCGACAAUUGCACGGCAUCUGCUCAGCGAUCAGACAGAUCCAUUCAAUCGCGAACCGCUCACCAUGGACAAGGUCAAGUCGAACGAGGCCCUCAAGCAGGAGAUUCAGCAAUGGAUCGAGACCAAACGCAGUGCGGCGCGUGUCAAGAGUUGAGCAACCAAAUCCAAAGAACGUCGCUCGUUGUUUCUUUAUUUUGUUGUUGUGUAUUUGGGAAAGUUUGGCGAGGGGGUGGAGACGUGGGAGAGUAACCGUAUAAGGCUAUAGCUUAAACUAAUUGUUCUUGAUAAUUCCAAUAUAUAUGUACAUAAAAGGCUACUAAAUUCAAUUCAAAUCGGGAUUCGCUAAUAGAUAAAUGUAAAUAACUUUGUACGAUUCGCGCGAAUGCAUUUAAUCCAAUAAACGUUUCAAUCAACCGUUGAAA